AUGCUAUACACACACGCAACAAUCGUGACAAUGGACUCAAACCGUACCAUAUUCGAAGACGGCGCAAUCUACGUAGUCGCCGACAAAAUAGCCGAUAUUGGCAAAACAAAAGAUCUAAAGGCAAAAUACCCCAACGAAGAAGAAACAGACCUAACCGGUCGGAUCAUCGUGCCGGGAUUGAUCUCGACGCACAUGCACACGGCGCAAACCCUGCUACGAGGUACAGCCGAUGACCUGGAACUCGUUUCCUGGCUCUGCGAGCGGAUCUGGGUUCUGCAGGGCAACUUCACGGCGGAGGAUGGGUAUGCCGCGGCGCGAUUGAGUAUUGGGGAGAUGCUCAAGUCUGGUACGACUUGUUUCUUGGAGAGCAUGUUCGCUGAUCGGUAUGGGUUUGAUGGGCUUGCUCGGGCUGUUGAGGAGAGUGGGAUUCGGGGAUGUCUGGGCAAGAUUGUUAUGGAUAUCCCUAGGUAUGCUAAGGAUGAUGCUUGGGCUAUGCAUCCUGGUCUUGUUGAAGAUCGUGAGAUGUCGCUUUUGGGGACGGUUGAUAUGUGGGAGAAGUGGAAUGGGGCUGCCAAUGAUCGGAUUCGUGUUUGGUUUGGAGCUAGGACGCCUGGCGGAGUUUCCGAUGCUCUGUACAAGGAGAUGACUUCUAUCUCCAAGGAGAAGGGCAUCCCUAUCACCAUGCAUUGUGCCGAGGUGAAGGCCGAUCGCGACUUCUUCGCCUCGGUCUCGCAUACCCCGAUGUCCUACUGCGACUCGGUUGGUCUACUGGGCGAGUCGACCGUUCUCGCUCACAUGGUUCAUCUGGACGAUUCCGAUAUCAAACUACUCGCUGCCUCGGGAACCCACGUCGCCCAUUGCCCGACUUCAAAUGCAAAGCUCGCAUCCGGAUUAUGCAGAGUCCCCGAUCUCCAGCGUGCAAAGGUAAACAUCGGCCUAGGAACCGACGGAGCCCCGUGCAACAACACAUGCGAUCUCCUCCAAGAGAUGAAGCUCGCAGCAAUUAUCCACAAAGGCGCAACUCAAGACCCAACCGUCGUUCCUGCCGAAUCCGUCCUGGAAAUGGCGACUAUCAACGGCGCCAAGGCUUUAGGUCUUGACGACAAAAUCGGCAGUCUCAACAUCGGCAAGAAGGCUGACUUUGUCGCUAUUGAUAUGCGGAAAAUUCACUUGCAGCCUUGGUUCAACCCUGUCAGUGCGGUUGUGUAUACUGCUACUGGGCGGGAUGUUGAGCUUGUUGUUGUUGAUGGAAAGGUUGUUGUGAACAAUGGAGAGCUUAUUACUAUGGAUGAGCAUGAGAUUGUGCGUGAAGCGCAGAAGAGGAGUAAGGAAGUUGUGAAGCGGGCUGGUUUGGAUGGCCGGGUUCAGCCUAUCUGGCCUGUCGAGUGA